AUGAGAAGUUUCAACACCACUUUCAAAGAUGGCUUCAUUUUGCUGGGCUUCUCAGACUGGCCUCAAAUGGAACUCUUUUUAUUUGUUUCUAUUUCAAUUUUCUACUCCCUGACUCUCUUGGGCAACACCUCCAUCAUCGCUCUCUGCCGACUGGACCCUCGACUACACACGCCAAUGUACUUCUUCCUCUCACACCUCUACUUCCUAGACCUCUGUUUUACCACCACCACUGUGCCCCAGCUUCUGAUCAAUCUUCAGGGAAAGGACCGCACCAUCACCUACUGGGGCUGCUUGGCCCAGCUUUACAUCUACCUUGCGCUGGGCUCCACCCAGUGUGUACUCCUAGUGGUGAUGGCCUUUGAUCGCUAUGCUGCUGUGUGUCGUCCACUCCACUACACAACCAUCAUGCACUCUCAGCUUUGCCAUGCUCUAGCUAUCUCCUCCUGGGUGGGAGGCUUCAUGAAUUCGCUGAUCCAAACAUGUCUCAUGAUGGCCAUGCCUUUGUGUGGCCAUCACCUGAACCACUUCUUCUGUGAGAUGCCUGUAUUCCUCAAGUUGGCUUGUGAGGAAACAGGAGGAACUGAGGCCAAGAUGUUUGUGGUGCGAGUCAUUGUGGUUGCUCUUCCUGCAGUACUAAUUCUUGCCUCCUAUGCACACAUUGUUCAGGCUGUGCUGAAGGUCAAGUCAAUGUCUGGGCGCAGAAAGGCUUUUGGAACGUGUGGGUCCCACCUCAUGGUGGUCGUUCUAUUCUAUGGUUCAAUCAUUUACACAUACCUGCAGCCUAUCAACAGUUACUCUGAGAAGAAGGGGAAAUUUGUUGCUCUUUUUUAUACAAUAGUAGCUCCCAUUCUCAAUCCUCUGAUCUACACCCUAAGAAAUAAGGAUGUGAAGGGUGCUCUGUGGAAGGUAGUAAGAAGAGCCAGAGACUUGGGCCCCUAA